AUGACUUCUGCAAUGAUGAAAUUCACACUUCUGUGUAUGCUGAUGGCCUGGACUGUUUGUGCCUGCACGCUGAAGAACCAUACCUUAUGGAUUGAAAGACAAGACUGUUCCCAGUGUGUGGCUGUCAACACCACAAUCUGCAGUGGCUACUGCUACACACAGGACACUAAUCUGAGGGGACGUUUUGGGAGGACUUUCCUCAUCCAGCGUAGCUGUGUUCCCCUCUCGCUGGUGUAUCGACCCGCCUGGUUAUCUGGCUGCCCUAAGGAUGUGAACCCACAGCUGUUUUAUCCUUCAGCCCAUCGGUGCAGCUGCAGCCGCUGUGACACUCGCUCACACCGCUGUUUGCGUACUCGCAGGGUCUCCUAUGACAAGUGCACCUCGAUAUCUGGCAACAUGGAAAGCAAGAACAAGCGCACUCUGGAAACCUGA